AUGAGCUGGCUCGUCCUCCUCCUCCCGCUCGCCGCGGUCGCACACGAAUACGAAUUUCCUGCCGACCGCGUCCUCAGCGCGCUGAGCGACGGAGGCUGUCCGCCUGGCUCCAGUCUCCGCUCGUGGCUGUGUGACGCGCACAUUGAUAUUGACCACUACGAGCUUGACAAUGUCGGAGGCUUCAACAUCAAGCUGGACGGAGUCCGCUGCUCCACCUUCAAGGUUGGAGACCUCUCCUCGGCCGUGUCGCGGCGCGGCGCGCACAACGUGACUCUCAGCGUGGCGGCGGACGAGCUGUCCUUCAACUGCUCCAUCCGCCGGCUGGACGCGAAGCAGAUCGCGUUCCCACACGCGGAGGCGAUCGGCAAGGGCACCGCCGGCAUCUCGGGCGCCACACUCCGCGCCGGCCUCGUCGCGCACCUGACAGAGGGCGUGCCUCGCUCUGUCGUGACGGACGAGCGGAACUGCAGCCUGGCCGUGGACCCGAAGAGGGUGGAGCUCGACCUGACGGGCAACAUCUGGAUCAAGCUGAUCAACGCCAUCAAGGGCGUCCUCAUCCAGACCGUCGUCGGACAGCUCCCCUCCAUCGCGGACGCCGCCCUCGCGCCCCUCGUCUCCAACCUCACCGCCUACGCAGAAGCCGCCCCGCCGCCAGAGCUGCCCGAGCCGCCAUACAAGCCGGCCCUCGCAAACUGGUCCGCCUCGGAGGCGGUCGCGGUCGCAGACUACGUCCUCAACGACGUGGUCGGAACCGACGGCCCCCUCGGCCUCAACCGGAUCGCCGAGCUGCUCACCAACGGAACCGGCUCCCUCGCGCUCAACGCGUCUGGGCUGCUGCCGCCGCUCGAGCUGCCCGUGUCGCGGCUGGGCAACCUGUCGCUCAACGUCUCCCUGCUCAACCUGUCCCACCUCCCCUCCUUCGACGAGCUGAACCUGCUCACCCCCUCCCCCUCCGAGCCCCUCACCCUCCGAGCCGCCGCCGGCAUGACCAAGCUUGGACCCGGCGCUCUCAUUCAGAAUUCCUUGUUGAUCACCGCUCGAUGGUUCUCAGGCAUGACCAAGCUCGGGCUCGGCGCUCUCGCAAAGCUGCGCGUCACGCCAGGCGCCCACCAGCGCCGCCUCCCUCCUGAUUUGGAUGAGCCGCCGGCCGACUUCAUCUGCCCAAUCACGACCGAGCUCAUGAGCGACCCGGUGAUGGCGGCGGACGGGCAUUCGUACGAGCGGUCGGCGAUCGAGCGCUGGCUCGCGACCAAGUCGACGAGCCCGAUGACGGGCGAGGCGCUCGAAAACACGGGGCUCUUCCCAAACCACACGCUGCGCCGGAUGAUCCGGGAGUGGCAGCAGGCGCGGGCUUGA